AUGAACGAACAUCCGAGCGCGGAGGUAUUGUCAUUAUGGCACAUUUCCCAUGGCCUCGAUCCCGUUUGCUCUCUCCCUCUGCUCUCUCCCUCUGCUCUCUCCCUCUGCUCUCUCCCUCUGCAAUCUCCCUCCGCUCUCUCCCUCCGCUCUGCUCCCUCUCUCCCCUCUGCUCUCUCCCUCCGCUCUCUCCCUCCGCUCUGCUCCCUCUCUUCCUCUGCUCUCUCCCUCCGCUCUGCUCUCUCCCUCCCCUCUGAUCCCGCAUUCCCCUCUGCUCCCUCCCACCCCACUGCUCAUUCCUUCCCUUCUGCUUCCUCUCUCUCCUCUCCUCCCUCCCUCCUCUCUGCUCCCUCUAUCCCCUCUUCUCCCUCUCUCCCUUAUGCUCCCUCCUUCCCCUCUUCUCCCUCUCUCCCUUAUGCUCCCUCCUUCCCCUCUCCUCCCACGCUCCUCUCUGCAUCCUAUGCUCCAUCUCUUCCCUCUGCUCCCUCCCACCCCUUUGCUCCUUACCUCCCCCCUGCUCUCUACCUCCCCUCUGCUCUGUCCCUACCCUCUGUUCUCUCCCCUAUACUCUCCUCCUCCCCUCUGCUCUGUCCCUCCCUUCUGCUCUCUCCCUCCCCUCUGCUCUGUCCCCCCCUUGUGCUCCCUCCCUCUCCUCUGCUCUCUCCCUCCCUUCUGCUCUCUCCCGCCCUGUGCUCCUUCUCAACCAACAUUCUAUCCUGA